AUGACUUCGCAAGACAUCGUACUCGAUGUGCGGUGGGUGGGAUCAAGACCUCUCAAAGGGUGGUUCGUCACCAAUAAUGGGCUCUUACUUGAGCUCAGCAAAGCCGACUUGGGAGUUUCCGACAUCAAAGACGGUGUAGUAGUUGGUCAUGAAAGCAUCACCCAAGAUCCAGAAUUGGCUGCCAAUAUCGGCGUUACCGAUGAUGCUACCGACGCAGGUGUCAGAACCUUCCUGGACGGGACCAAAGUUGAGGGUCUUGGUCAUGGGGAACUCCUUGCCACCGAGGGUGAAAGAGACUUCGGGGAGCUGAGCGCUGCAAGGGAAGGAGUAGAAUCCGUCGCCGAGAGUGGAGUCGGCCUUGGCCUCGGAGAUCUUGGAGUAAAAAUCGGCGACGCUCUGGGUGUCACCAAUGACGAGAGUAGUUCCCUGUAA